GGGAGAGAGAGAGAGAGCGGCAAACUCUCAUACAUCAAGUUUGAAAAGCAACAUACCAAAACGGUCACUGAAACCCAUAUCUCCUCUCUCUCCCUCUUCUCUUUUCCGUUACCAUCCCCCACAUCACACUCCAAUUUCACUCUGUCCCGUCCAUGGCUUCCUCGGCGGCAGACCCAGAUCGCGUCAAACCCAGUUCCUGCUCAAACCCGUCUCGGAAAGUCCGAAUCGUGGCCAAAAUCAGGGGUUUCACAGAUCAAGAAACCGAAUCUUUAAACGGAGACUCAGCGCCGUGGAUCUCCGUGCGAAAACCAAACGAAGAUGGUUCAGCUGAAAAGACCACGGUUUCCUUCGGAGACCAAUCGGCCAGAAAUGGGUAUGAGGUGGAUUAUUGCUAUGAGCAAAAUGAAGAUAAUAGUAUGAUAUUUUCGAGGGAGAUACAGCCACUGAUUUCAAGGGUUUUUUAUGGCCAAAACGUUGGCAUCAUUGCAUUUGGAGCUACAGGAAGUGGGAAGACAUACACAAUCCAAGGUACCGAGGAGAAACACGGAUUGGGAGCACUAGCAUUUGCUGAAGUUCUUACAAUGGCCGAGGACAAUCAAAAGUCAGUUGCUAUAUCUUUAUAUGAAGUGUUUCAGGACCAUGUUUAUGAUCUCCUGGACCCCACUAGGUCAGAAGUUCAAGUAUUUGAAGAUGCCCAGGGGAAAAUUAAGCUUAAAGGGCUAUCUCAGGCCUUUGUUAAAUCCAUUCCUGAAUUUCACAAGUUAUACUUUGCCGGGUGUAAUUCGCGUCGAGCCACAAAACAGGUACCAUUUGAGAAGCAAAGAAGAAGCCACAAGGGUUUGAUAAUUCACAUCAUAUGUACCCAGGGAUGUUCCAGUACUAAGCUUUUAGGCAAGAUAAAUUUGGUCGAUUUAGCAGGUUAUGAGGAUGCCAGAAGAAAGAGUGUGGAAAGCCUCAAUCUUUUUGACAGCAGUAGAGUCAAUAAGUCUUUGUAUGCCUUACUCAAUGUGGUGAAUGCCUUAAAUGCCAAUGAAAAUCGUGUUCCAUACCGGGAAAGCAGAUUAACUCGCAUGUUGCAAGAUUCAUUUGGAGGGAGAAAUCAUGCAUUGAUGUUGAUCUGCUUGAACCCGUUGUCUUGCCAAGACACCAUCUACGCAACAAGUUUAGCUUCAAGAUCACUCCAAGGAGUCAAUCGAGUUUUCACUAACACCACGAUGAAAACUAAAACUUCAGCUAAACCAAUGGUAACUAAAGGUAGACUUGGGAUUGCUUCUGCUACGUCGAAGAAACCAACAAGCUCCAGAGCACAAUUUUCUGAAAAAACCAGUAGAUGCCUGGUAAAGGGAAGGAAGCUCUUUGAUAAGGGAAAUCAGUUCAUGACUUCUGAGCAGGCAAAGGCCCCAGCAAACGUAGCUUCGGCUAUGCAGUCGAGGUUCCUGCCAGACGUUGGAUCAGCCACUGAACCUUCUUUACUGGAAUCUGUUCAAGAACAGGAAGAUUCCGUUUCAGAUUCUUUUCCGGCUACACUACCUACAGAUGAGGAAUCUUCUUUGCGAAAUGCACUUGGGGAUGCCAAACCUACAGAAGAAAAGGAUGUACAUCUAUGCAGUGAGAACAAGCAUUCAGAAGUUGCUGCUAAUGUUGAUAGGAACAUGAAGGCUCUGACUUAUUUGGAAGAAGGUGAUAACAUGGACAAGGAGAACAAAAUUUUGUUGAUAAACAAAGAUGAAUCUCCGCCGCUAAGUGCAAGAUUGCGAGACCUAACAAACAACUUGAAGUCUUUAUAUUCUGCAACUCCAAUACAGAUGAAGAUACCAAACGAGACCGAUACUUCAUCCCGUGGACUAGUGGUCUCCACUGAUAUUGUGGAACCAAAAACCCCAGUUACUCAACAUGCUAUAACAGCCAAAGAUAAAAGGGAGGUUGCAACCGAUACUUCAUCUCGUGACCUAGUGGUCUACACUGAUAUUGUAGAACCAAAAACCCCAGUUACUCAAAAUGCUUUAACAGCCAAAGACAAAUGGGAGGUUGCAAACUGCCAAUCAGGGACAUUCAACGCACGAAGCUCUGGAUUCAAGCAUUCCCUUGUUCAUGAUUAUCUCCGGUUUCUAAAUUCAGCUAGCAAGGAAGAGUUGAAAGGAAUACGGGGAAUUGGAGAAAAAAGAGCCAGCUAUAUUCUUGAACUUCGGGAAGAGUCUCCUGAACCAUUCAAGAAUCUUGAUGAUUUGAAAGACAUCGGCCUUUCAGCAAAGCAGAUCAAAGGCAUGAUGAAAAACGUUGCAGGUGAACUCUUUAGUUAGGGCUGUAAAUUGGGUACAGUGAUUGCCAUUGAUAUUGGCAACAUUAUGUUGCCAUGGAUCUCUGAGUGCAGAUCUCCUUUUCGUGUCAUUUGACCUUUCGAUGCGUGAGAAUAAUGAACCUCUUCUUUUUCGGAGUUAUUUUGAUCUUUGAUUUGGCAUUUCGUGCCUUGCAAUUAUGGUUUGUGAACUGAAAUUCACUGGAGUGACAUUGCGAAAUUUAUUGUUA